GGUGUCAAUGUAUACAUUGUCGAUCAUUGUAUUAAAUUACCGAGCAGGGAGUCUUGUGGCCAGCAUAAUGACCCGUACCCAUCGGAGUUUUGAAAUUCAAAAUACCAGUCUUCAUUGAGAUUCGAACCCAGGACCCAAGGUUCGGAAGACAAGUACACAACCGCUCAGCCGCCCUGCCUUCUGACAUGGACACGAAAAGUACAGACCUUUGUUUUCCUCAAGACACCUGUGGACUUAAGGUUUGUCUAAAGGAUCAGACUGACCUAGCAGACUUCUCCAGUUAUGGUGAUGAGAAUCAAGAUACAGAUCCUCAUCAUUUCACCAGUGACCAGUCCAAAGUCCAGUCAGAUGAGGUUGAAGGUCCACUAAUUGGUGAUCAUGAAACUCAGGAGUCAGAAGGUGGAGAAGCUGAUCUACACAAAAAUCGAGGUGACUGUAAGAAGAAUCCAGAUCAUAGCCAGUUUAUAACUGUUGAGACAUUCAACUUGAAACAUUUACCUGAAGGUCUUCAAGACAGUGAUUUGCAUGAACUCAUCAAAGUUAUAGCUGACCUCACAGUUAGAGUUGAUGUGAAAAUGACAAGUCUAGACAGACCAGAGUUUUGGCCAGAGACAACUCGACCAUAUCCAUUUUCUAACAUGAGUGAGAAAAGAAACUUGAGGACAGGAAGUGGAAGAGUAAAGUAUGUAAACAAGUUUCAAGAUGGAGUCAGACAAGAUGGAGGUUACGGACGUACUGCUUACACAAAGUGUUGGUGUAGAAAAUGUGAAGGUUCAAACUCACCCAGCAAUGUGUGGUGGGAGUUUGAUGUGCACAUAGCCACACAAGUGGUUUUUGAUGACAUUGAGGCCAAUCACACGACUUUGAGAUUGUUUUAUGAUAGAGAUGACAGUGUUGAUAAGGUCAGUGUUGAUAAGGUCAGUGUUGAUUUUGUAAACAUUAAAUAUGACGUGUGUAGGUUGAAAUGUGUGACGUGUGAUAAAACUUUAGGAAAUAAAAUGAUGGAAAUGUACAAACAUUUUAAAAAUGUCUGGGAGAAAGUCUAUAAGAAAUACUUUGACUCUAGAUCUCCACACAAGUUGACCUUUAUAGUGUCCCAUCCUCAUGGAUGUUCUAAACAGGUCAGUGUUGGUCAAUGGAAGGACAGACUAGAGGUGGGUGGUAGAUCUAAGUUUACUUAUACAACUUGUACAUGUCCAGGAAGUAGUGGAGCACAAGUCUACUGUCUGGGGUAUAGUGACUUGAUUUGGUCUCAUGUUGUGCACAGUGGAAGUAAGUGUGGAUUAAAUUGCAGUGAAUAUGGUCCUGCCUAGUGAGUUGUUUCCCUUGUGAGUUGUUUCCCUUCUGAGUUGUCCAGCUCCACCAUGAAGAUGUCUUUGAGAACCCUUGACAUUCUGAACCUCAAACUGAAAUGUCUCUUUAGUCUUGAGUUAUGUAAAUAAAUUGUGUAUGUUAUCUUUAAA